AGCAGUUCCAGGUGGAAUCUGCUUUCUUUACCCGUUCCUCUCUGUCCCUCACAUUUGCCAGCGGCACGUCAGGUGUUUCGUUUUGUUGUUUUCCUCCCUGCUUUACGUCAAGAAAAUCUUCCCUUCCCCUCCCUCGCUUCCCCUCCUUGUAAGGGAGGGUUUCAGAGCAGGAAAUAAAAAUGCAACCUUGCUGUUGCAAUGGGCACUGAUUAGCCGAGAGGAAGCCAAGAAGAAGCAGCGGCUGCUACAGGAGGCGCAGGAAAACUCCCCUAAUCGUUGGUCCUUCCCUGCCUUUUAAACCUGCAGCUACCUCAAACUUUCAGCCUGUCUGGCGGAGCCCCAACGCGACAUAAAUGGUGGAGGCGGUAGUGGAGUUUGACUACAAGGCUCAGCAUGAUGAUGAGCUGACCAUCACUGUAGGUGACAUCAUCACCCAUAUCAGGAAAGACGAUGGAGGCUGGUGGGAAGGACAGCUCAAAGGCAGAAGAGGUUUGUUCCCUGACAACUUUGUAAGAGAGAUAAAAAAAGAUGUGAAAAAAGACAGCCUUGCCAACAAAGUACCAGAAAAGUCUAUACAUGAAGUUUCUAAUGGAAGUCCGUUACUGCUUUCUGAGACAAUUAUUAGAACCUCCAAAAAAGGUGAGCGAAAUCGGCGGAGAAGAUGUCAGGUGGCUUUCAGUUACAUGCCUCAGAAUGAAGAUGAACUGGAAUUAAAAGUUGGAGACAUCAUUGAGGUUGUGGGAGAAGUAGAAGAAGGUUGGUGGGAAGGAGUUCUAAAUGGAAAGACUGGCAUGUUCCCUUCAAAUUUCAUAAAGGAGCUCUCUGAUUCUGAUGAUGCAAGAACUGUCCAGGAGGAGCAACUUAUAAAACCAAGAAAGUCUGCCUUUCAAGGGACAAUUCUGUAUAAAGUGGCACCAACAAAGAUUGACAGCUACAGACGCUAUAACAGUUUAAGAGAUGCUACAGGUUCUGAAAGCGAUGGUGGUGAUUCCAGCAGCACGAAAUCAGAAGGAGCCAAUGGAGCAGCAACAAUCCAACCCAAAAAGAUUAAGGGGGUUGGGUUCGGUGACAUUUUCAAGGACAAACCUAUAAAACUACGUCCAAGGUCCAUAGAAGUAGAUAAUGAUUUUCUACCUGUUGAAAAGACAGUUGGAAAAAGAAUACCCACUGCUGCAGCAAUUCAGGAGCCAAUGAAAAUAGAAUUGGACAGCAGAACAAAAGUAAAAGAGUAUUGUAAAGUUAUAUUUCCAUAUGAAGCACAGAAUGAAGAUGAAUUGACAAUCAAAGAAGGUGAUAUUGUCACUCUUGUCAAUAAGGAAUGCAUUGAUGCUGGCUGGUGGGAAGGAGAGCUCAAUGGUAAAAGAGGAGUGUUUCCUGAUAAUUUUGUUAAAUUACUUCUUCCUGACUUUGAAAAGGAGAGACCUAAGAAGCCACCACCUCCCUCAGCUCCUGCCUUCAAACAAGGAUCAGCUACGACAGACAGAAAGCAUGAAAUCAAAAAAGUACCUCCUGAGAGACCAGAAUGUCUUCCUCAUCGAACUGAUGAGAAAGAAAGACCAGAGAGAGAGCAAAAACUGUUAGAUUUGCAGAAACCUUCUGUUCCUGCUAUACCACCGAAGAAACCACGACCUCCCAAAACAAACUCUUUAAACAGACCUGGUACGUUGCCUCCAAGAAGACCAGAAAGACCAAUUGUGCCUAUGAUCCAUACAAGAAGUGAUAUCCCAAAAGUAGAACUAGUAGGCUGUACAUUGUCGAGCACCUUAGAAAAGGACUCUACGGAAAGAAGCAAUGACAUUGACCUGGAGGGGUUUGAUUCCGUAGUACCAGUCGCUGAGAAGCUCAGCCACCCAACAACUACCAGACCAAAAGCUACAGGCAGAAGACCUCCUUCACAGUCAUUCACAUCUUCUUCACUUUCAAGUCCAGACUUUUUUGAUUCACCAAGUCCUGAAGAUGAAAAGGAAGAACACAUUUCCCUUCCACAAAAAGUAGCUGAGCCAUUAAAGAAAGCAAAGACUGUUACAAUAUCGCUAGUAUCUGAUAACAAAGCUUCAUUACCUGCCAAACCAGGGGUUUUAACAAGUGGAAGUAAUAUUCCAUCUUCAUUAUCAUCCUCAUCUGCUCUUCAUCCGGUUCCAGCAGGAACAACAGGUCACAGGUCAAAUUCCCCUUCUUUGUUCAGUACUGAAGGAAAGCCAAAGACUGAUCACUCCAGCCAAGGUGAAGCAACUUUGGAAGAGCUUAGAACACAAGUUAAGGAGCUACGAACUAUCAUUGAAACAAUGAAAGACCAGCAGAAGAAAGAGAUUAAACAAUUGCUGUCUGAAUUAGAUGAAGAAAAAAAGAUCAGGCUACGAUUACAGAUGGAGGUUAAUGAUAUAAAGAAAGCUCUUCAAUCAAAGUGAAUUCUGGAUAGAUGGAAUGUUGUGUUAUUCAUCAUCGUGACAGAGACUUUUAUGCCCCAGACAAAAUAACUUUGUGCCAAAUGAUUAAAGAUCUGCCCACAUCCUUUGUUUGAACAACUAGCACAAGAGUUUUAAUAGCACAACACAAAUCCCAGUGAAAAGUUGCUCUGUUAUGGCACUGGUGUGACUGAAAUUGUUCUUACUGUGCUAAAGUCUUCUCUCCUUCAAGUUCACAGGCAAAAUGAAAACUCAGGCAGUUUAGUUCAUAGUGGUACUAUUUUAAUGAUAUUUUCCAUAAGUAAAAUGUACUUCAGGUUUAUCAGUUUACAGGUUUUAUGAUUUUGACUUUUUAAAUUGUCUUUUGUCACACAGAUUCUUAAAAUGUUUGUAUUGCAUAUAGCCAGAAAUGAAUGUUGAUAUUUGGGUGCGGGGCCGUUUGUUUAUCUCUCUUUCUAUCUCCUUUUGCUUCACAUAGAGCUUAAUUUGUGUUAUUUUAAAUACUAUUACAUAUGCAAUCUUAUGUCCAAAAAUGAUCUACAAGAUGAAUUUUAAGUUUGUGUACAAAUAGUGAGUUUAAAGGAAAAUGAAGAAAUCUGGUCUUUGCAAUGAUUUGUGCCUUCUUUUGCCAAACACUGAUUGGAGCUGAUUGUAGGCCAGAUCUUAGAAAUGUAGCUAUCACAGUGAGGCCUGUCAAUCCACUAGGGGUCACUCUUUCUGCAUAUUAUUAGCUACUUGUUCAUAUGAAUCCUCUUUUCCCCUUUAAAUAGAAUAAUGACCACAGCAGGUUAAGGCAGCUCUAUUUCACGAGCUGUAGCUUUUUUAUUAUUAUUCUUGUUGUUCAACUGAGAUUUCACUUCUGCUUGAUUUCAUUCAAACUUUUAAAUACCUGCUGCUUUCUUUUCCAGUUUUGCUCAUCUUGGGUGAACAGAAUAUGCAUAAUCUAAAAGUAAACAUGAAUAAAAUAUAAAUCAAUGAGAGGGUUGUACUAUUUUGUGCACAGAAUAUUGUGCAUGCUUAGCCUGGUGUUUAAUAUGAAUUGCCACAUUGUAUUGUGAUCUAAUGUGGGAAAAUGAAUGAUUUUUGUAUAAUGGCA